CUGGUGAGAGGCCGUGUCCGAGAUGGAUCGCAUCCCUUUUCGGCCGGCGCCGCAAUGCCCCGUCCGGGCCUCAGACCUUGGACAGCCCACCCCUGCCUCCGUUGACUUGUCCCCUCUCGACUUGUCGCCCGUGCCGAAUACCCCACCAUGACCGACGCCACCGCCGCCAUGGCCGCCGCCAAGAACCUCAAGUCCUUCGUGGACGUUGCCCCCGAGUCGGACUUCCCCAUCCAGAACAUCCCCUUCGGUAUCUUCUCCACCGAGGCCGACGCCACCCCCCGCGUGGGUACGGCCAUCGGCGAGUUCGUUGUCGAUCUGGCUGCCCUGGCCGCCGAGGGUCUCUUCUCGUGCUGCAGCACCUUCGGCCCGGAGGCCACCGCCGCCUUCCAGUCCACCACCCUGAACCACUACAUGAGCCUUGGCCGCCCGGCCUGGACUGAGGCCCGCCGCCGCAUCCAGCAGCUCCUGUCCAUCGAUGAGCCGACCCUGCGCGACAACGAGGCCCUCCGCGCCCGGGUCCUCAUCCACCGCACCGGCGUCUCCAUGCACAUGCCGGCUCGCAUUGGUGACUACACCGACUUCUACUCCAGCAAGGAGCACGCCACCAAUGUCGGCAUCAUGUUCCGCGGUAAGGACAACGCCCUGAUGCCCAACUGGCUGCACCUGCCGGUCGGCUACCAUGGCCGCGCUUCGUCGGUCGUCGUCACUGGCACCCCCCUGACCCGGCCCAGUGGCCAGGUCCUGCCCAUGGAUGCCCAGGUCCCGGUCUUCUCCGCCUCCAAGCAGGUGGACAUCGAGCUGGAGGUGGCCUUCCUGGUGGGCCCCAGCAACAAGCUCGGCCAGCCGGUCCCCAUCGAGCGCGCCCAUGACCACAUCUUCGGCCUGCUGCUGAUGAAUGACUGGUCCGCUCGUGACAUCCAGCGCUGGGAGUAUGUCCCCCUGGGUCCCUUCCUGGCCAAGAACUUCGGCACCACCGUCUCCCCCUGGGUCGUCACCCUGGAGGCUCUGGAGCCCUUCCUGACCAACGGCCCGGCCCAGACCGACCCGGCCCCCAUGCCCUACCUCACCUACAACGGCCCGGCCACCUAUGACAUCCAGCUGGAGGCCCUGCUCAAGCCCAAGGAGUCCGCCGACUACCAGCGCAUUUGCCUCACCAACUUCAAGCACCUCUACUGGUCCAUGCGCCAGCAGCUGGCCCACCACACCAUCAACGGGUGCAACCUCCAGACCGGUGAUCUCCUGGCCUCCGGUACCAUCUCCGGCCCGACCCCGGAGUCCUUCGGCUCUCUGCUGGAGCUCACCUGGCGCGGCACCAACCCCAUCCAGUUCCCGGACGACGUCAAGCGCACCUUCCUGCAGGAUGGCGACUCCGUGGUCAUCCGCGGUGCUGCCCAGGGCGAUGGCUUCCGCAUUGGCUUCGGCGACUGCGAGGGCACCAUCCUGCCCGCUGUUGCUGGCCUCAACCAGUAAGCGCGCCCCUCGCCCAUUGGUGGCUUUUCCUUUCGGCUCCCCUUUGUCCUUGUUGGGAGAAGGGGGGGGGCGACGGGAAAAGGAGGGGGUCCUCCGGCCGUGUGUGAUGGCCGUUUGUGGAUGUGCCUGAUGUCCAUGCAUUUGGGCCAUCCUUCCAGGGGACCUGUUGCAUUUACACGCAUGCGUGCGUGCAUGCACCGAUUCCGCAAUAAAAAAGCAACACAUAACCAUAA